CAUUCUUGGCGUUGUGAUUGGUGCAUUCGACUAGACGGCCUGGGUUCAAAUUUUCAACGGUACUGAAUGAGUUCUGGGGCGGGCUUGAGGCAUUUAGUCGUCCCUGAGCUGAGACGAGGCUCUUAAUAAGAAGAAUCUGUUAUACUUCAAGGUUUCAGAAGAGGUGAGAGUGCUUUGCAGCUUUCAGUCAAGCCUGUAGGCACGCAAACUGACAGACCUGUUAAACCAGAGAAUUCACCUGUUGAGAAGCGUGAUACAAAUACUGGAAAAAACCUACUCUUCUGAACUAAGGAUAGGACAAUGUCACAAGUUAAAAACUCUUACUCCUUUGACGCUCCCUCGAAUUUCAUUAAUUUUACAUCCUUGGAUUAUGACGAAGAUACAGAAAACAUAGAUUCAUGGUUUGAGGAGAAGGCCAACUUGGAGAAUAAAUUUUUUGGGAAAAAUGGGACAGGAGAGCUUUUCCAGAGCAAAACUUCCUUGAAAAAAGCAAAUCUUCAGCAAGCUAGUCUCACACCUUUGAGACCAGUUGAGAACACAUACUACCAAGAGGCAGAAAACAUAAAUCUUAUGGAACAUUCUACUUCAUCGAACGCUUGUUGUAGCCUGGAAGUUGAGGGAACCAAAUCAAGAAAUACUCCAGCCCAGCCUCAGAGGAUAUCUCUUAGACUCUCUGCUCGGAAGGCUUUGGAGAAGAAGGAAAAACAUGUCCCCAUGAAAGCAAAGAGAUGUGCCACUCCUGUAAUCAGUGAAAUUUCACCUCCCAAAAAGAUGAAAGUUUCUCAAAACAGAAAGAAGCCAGAGGAAGAGAAAGAGGGCACUGCUCGAGAUACUUCCAAAAAGAGUAAAAUUUCCCCAGAGAAAGCUAAGGGCAGACGUGCUGCGCCUCAUGUACCAACUAUAAAGCAAAAGGUUCUCAAAAGUACUGAGGAGCAGGAGUUGGAGAAGAGCCUGAAAAUGCAACAGGAGGUGGUAGAAAUGCGGAAGAAGAACGAAGAGUUCAAGAAACUUGCUCUUGCAGGAGCAGGGCAACCAGUGAAGAAAUCAGCGAGCCAGGUAACUAAAGCAGUUGACUUUCACUUCUGCACAGAUGAGCGAAUCAAAAAACACCCUAAGAACCAGGAGGAGUAUAAGGAAGUAAACUUUACAGCUGAACUGCGAAAGCAUAUUUCAACUCCUAGUCGAGUGGCAAAGGGGUGUACCAUUAUUAAGCCUUUCAACUUGUCCCAAGGAAAAAAGAGAACGUUUGACGAGGCUGCUUCUACCUACGUGCCUCUGGCACAGCAGGUUGAAGCGUUCCAUAAACGAACUCCUAACAGAUAUCAUUUGAGGAGCAAGAAGGAAGAUUUUGCCCUGGUACCCUCCAAGACUUCUGUGACCAAGAUGGCGACAGAGCCACAGACCCCUGUGCUGCAAACCAAACACCGGGCAAGGCCUGUGACCUGCAAAAGUGCAGCAGAACAGGAGGCAGAAGAGCUUGAGAAACUGCAGCAGUACAAAUUCAAAGCACGAGAAAUUGAUCCCAGGAUUUUGGAAGGUGGGCCCAUCUUGCCAAAGAGACCACCUGUGAAAGCACCCACUCAGCCUAUUGGCUUUGAUUUGGAAAUUGAGAAGAGAAUCCAGGAGCGAGAGUCAAAAAAGAAAUCAGAGGAGGAUGAACACUUUGAAUUUCAUUCCAGACCUUGCCCAACUAAGAUCUUGGAAGAUGUUGUGGGUGUUCCCGAAAAGAAGGUUUUUCCCGUCACUGUUCCCAAGUCUCCAGCAUUCACACUGAAGAACAGAGUCCGAUUGCUUGCCAGGGAAGACGAGGAAGAGGAUGAACCAGUAGUGAUAAGAGCUCAACCUGUGCCACAUUAUGGGGUGCCUUUUAAGCCCCAUAACCUAGAGACGAGAACUGUAGCAGUAUGCCCUUUCUCCUUUGAUUCUCGGGACAAAGAACGCCAAUUACAGAAGGAGAAGAAAAUAAAGGAAUUGCAGAAAGGGGAGGUACCCAAGUUUAAGGCACUUCCCUUACCUCAUUUUGAUAGUGUUAACCUGCCAGAGAAGAAGGUAAAGAACGUGACCCAGACUGAGCCGUUUGACCUGGAAACUGACAGAAGAGGCGCUAAGAAGGCUCAGACAUGGAAGCACCAGCUGGAGGAAGAACUGAAACAGCAGAAAGAAGCAGCUUGCUUCAAGGCCCGUCCCAACACAGUCAUCUCCCAGGAGCCCUUCGUUCCCAAGAAAGAAAAAAAAUCAGUCGCUGAGGGCCUUUCUGGUUCUCUAGUUCAGGAACCUUUUCAGUUAGCCACUGAGAAGAGAGCCAAGGAGCGGCAGGAGCUGGAAAAGAGAAUGGCUGAAGUGGAAGCCCAGAAAACGCAGCAGCUGGAGGAGGCCAGGCAGCAAGAAGAAGAACAGAAUAAGGAGGAGCUGGCCAGGCUACGGAAAGAACUGGUGCACAAGGCAAAUCCGAUACGCAAAUACCAGUCUGUGGAAAUAAAGUCAAGUGACCAGCCUCUGACGGUGCCUGUCUCUCCUAAGUUCUCCACUCGAUUCCACUGCUGAACUAAACUGAGCUGCAGAUACUGCUUGGCGCCAGGAGCUGCUUGUUAUGUCCUACAGGCACGGAGAGAACUCAUUUCUCCAGACUCAUUGACUCAUGCCUAACACAGCAUUCCCACAGCUGUGGGGCCAGUUCCAUGGAGGUGUUUUCAUACAUUUUAAGGCUAAAAAGAGACUCAGCUAACUCAUCUAUGCCUCGAUGAGGCUUCUUGUAGUGGUUUCCUUUAAAUAUCAGUUGACCCUUAACUAGAAUUACAAGUCUCUGUGUUAGCAUAGUGCAAUUUCUUUUUCCCUUUAUCCCUUCCCUUUAUAUAUUUGUGUAUUUUUAAUCAGAAAAUAAAGAUAGUGCAACUUUGAGGUAGGAUUUAAGUCAUAGUUUAAAUGAGGACCAGUCAGUGUAUCAGAUUCUUUCCUCUUCUCUAUAUAAAAUAAGUUUAUAGUUAAGAGUUUGCCUUCAGGGCGGAGAACUUCAGUAACUGCUCAGGAGGAUCACACAGCCUCCUGCGAACACACCAGCAACCACUCAACAAACUUGGAGCAGAGCCGCUCUCUGGCCUCUUUCCUCCCUGGCGCUGAUAAAAACGGGAGUGGUGCUGAAUACACUUUAAGACCUGGCCCAGGAAUAAAUACAUGUUCUUUUCCCUGAUUUUGUUACUUAAUGGUUUACUUUUUUGGGGGGGGUAGCAGGAAUCAAACUCAGGACUUUGUGCUUACCAGGCAGGCGCUGUGCUGCUGAGCUGUAUCCCUGGCUCUAAUGUUAUAAAAUUUAAGCCCCCUUUGAGUGAAAGUGGGUGAUUUGAAAAGGAGGUCCAGGAUCUUUCCAGAUCACAGACUAUCUUUAAAGGAAAGUGCUUUGUAACUUGUUUAUCCAUAGCAGAGUAUCACUCCAUAUUUUAUUAAUUUGCUUCUAGUAAACACCUAAUUGUGAAUGGGUAAGAGUCAACUGAAGUAAAAAAAAAAAUUUGUGUGAGUGUGUGUGUGUGACAGAGUCUUACUGUAUAGUUCAGGCUGGCCUUGAGUUCAUUCUGUAACCCAGGCUGGCUUUAAAUGCACAGUGAUCCUCUUGCCUCAGCCUCCUGAGUUGGGAUUAUAGGCAUGUGCCACCACCCUUGGCUAAGAUACGUUUUAAGAGUUCUUUCUUGACCAUGACUUCAAAUAAGGGUGGUCAUUUCCUUUGUGCCUUCCAGUGUUUCUUGUAUGAACUAUGUCUAGUAGAGCAGCUGCCUCAUAUCUGAGUUGGCUUGUUCUUCACAAAACAAUAGAGAGGUGUUAGUUCCUUGAAGACAAGAAUUGUUGCAGUCCUCUGGGUUCUUUGACUGGUGCAUAAUUGGUUUAGAUCCAUGCUAAAUAGUACAUUUUCUUUUGACUUUCCAUUUUUUAAUUUAGUUUAAUUUUUUUUGGUACUGGGGAUCAAACUCACUUGCACUUGCCAGGUAAGCACUUAUGCUGCUGAGCUAAAUCCCUGCCCCUUUUCCAUUAUUUUAAAAUAGCUGCUCCUGGGCCAGGAGAUACAAAAGCAGCUGUGUUCUGUACAGGCCAAUCCUAAGCACACCAUAUAUGACAUCAGGCCUAUUUUAUUUUCAUGGAUUUACUGUCAUGCGCAAGCCAUUGUAGAUCCAUGUAGAUGGACAGCAGGGUAGUGCUUUUCACAGUAUGACUUACAGAUCCCUCCCUCCUGGAGGCCACAGGUCAGCACAAAAUGAGACUCUUUUGUUUAUUUCUUAGAGGUAUGUAAUAUGGUCUCAUAGCCACUUACUUAGUUCAUUUAAUAAUUAUUUACAGUGCUAAAUAUAAAUGCCCACACCCUUUUGUACUGUUCUAGUCUCUGGGAAUUCAGCCCAGAGAGAAAAGGACUGUGCCUUUUGUGGAGCUUAGACUUCAGUGGGGAAGACAGACAGAUGUGCUUAAGUAUUGUUCCACUGAUGAGAGGUCUUAGCACCCCUGCUGUGCAGACAGGCUGGUGUGGAAGAGGAGCAUGUGAGCUGGGGAAGGCGGGGAAGGCGGGCUAGGCGGGCUGGCUGCGGCUAUUGCAGUGCAGGUAGUGAAAAGUGUUGGGCUUCGUGGUGAACCUGACAUUGUAACUGGUAAGACUUGCCAGGGAAGUGGAUGUGGAGAGAGGGAGUUACAAAGUGAUCAGCCUCAGACAGACAUGGAUCAUUUGCACUAAAAUAAAAUAAACAGCUCUUGGAGUCUUA